AUGGUGGUCAUACAAACGGUCAGCAACAGGGACGUCGUCGUCAGGGCCAAACCCGUGACGGUCGAGGGGUUCCAAAAGUACGGCGGCUUGCUGGCCUGCGACCUGCAGCUGGCCAAUGCCCCGCAGAGCUCGGCAAACCAGGGCACAGCCAUCAAGCUCAUGAAAAUGGCGCCCGUCGUCAACAACUACGCGGCCGCGCCCAGCCACAAACCAGCCACAGCCAACUGGAACAUCUUCCGCUCGUCGCCGCCAAAACACCUGCUUGCACAGGUGGACGGCGUCACGAAAUACACCGCCAAGGUGCUCGAGCGACACCCGUACACCACACAGACGUUUGUCCCGAUGGGGCGGUCACGUGACGACAAUCACGCGUACCUGGUGAUUGUGGCCCCCGACAAGGACGGUUUGCCGGACUACGAGAGGACCGAGGCGUUCAUUUUCAAGGGCGACCAGUCGGUUACUUACGGGGUCGGCACGUGGCACGCGCCGAUGGUGGUCCUGGGAGACACGUAUCUAGAUUUUGCCGUGCUGGUCCACGAGAACGGUGUCGAGCACGAGGACUGUGAGGAGGUGGUGUAUAGGGGCAUGACAAUAGAAUUGCAUUAG